GCUAUUAAGACUCAAAUGUUACAGUUAAAGACUGGCAUGUAUGCUCAUAGAAGUCCAGUGAGAGGUGGUAGGCCCAACGGCACAUGUUCGGCCUACAACAGUCCUCAGAUACCAAAGAGAGAAACCCCACGGUCUAAAGACACACUUGACCUCCGCACCAGCACACUGACACACAGAGCUCUGCAAGAUCUUCAGUUAAGGCGAAAUGCGAACAAAAACUGGACUUUUGGUAAAUAUCGAAUAAAGACUACCACAGAGGAAAGUGAUGCCCUGUUUAAUGUCCAGACACCCCAUGCAGGGGGGUGUCUUCUCAGCUCCAAAGGCACAAAUGGUAAUGAGAUGCCUAAGGUGCCACAGGUGACCACGGACAACAUCAGGAAAGAAGUGAAGAAUAACUCCUACCAGGACCUGAGGCCUGUAGAGCCAGAGGGAUCCAGUGAUAAAGAGAGGGCUUCAUAUUUCACUUUUAACACAGCCAGAAGAGCAAGUGAGCCUGGGAAAAUUAACAUGGCUACUGUUGCUCCAUUCCGGUUCAGAUUUCAAGUGCAAGAGGAGAUAGACGCCACUCUGGAUGAUUUGAGUGACUGCUCUUCUGACUCCAUGGAAGUGUGCUGUGACGAUCUCGGACGUGUGCUCAGGAAUACUGUGAAAGGCACAAGAGACAAUCUGAAGAUGGAGAGAAGCGACAGCACAAAGGCGUAUGCCCAAGCAGCAGAAGGUAAAGCAGUUGGCAUGGCAGCCAAAAGGGCCAUACCCACUAAGUCUGGAGUGCCCCAGAGCACACAGCGCAGCGAAUUCAAGGUGUACCGAGCAGGAAGCUCUGAGGGACGAUUACCAGUGUCCACCAGUCUCCGAAAGCAGCGGUCUAUGACAAACUUAGCUGUCCUCACAGACGCAGAGAAAAAGUUGCAUCUUUACGAGCCGAAAUGGUGUGAUGAUAUGGCUAAACCCGGAGCAGAGCAGAACAAGACGGGCAAGCCAAAGACAGCAGGAGGGGGCACCAGCGCUGGAGGAGGCGUCCCUCUUUCCAGAAACCUUUCCAAAUCUGAACAUUCACUUUUCCAGGGCAAACCAAAGCCCUUUGCUCCUCUCGCUGCUCCAACGGCUCUGAGCAAACAGAGCCGCAUUCCACGCGGUCCUUACGCUGAGGUUAAGCCCUUGAGCAAGGCACCUGAGGAUGGCAAGUCUGAUGAUGAGAUCCUGUCCAACAAGGCCAAGGCUGCCGCAAAGAAACCAGGAGCAGGGGCCGGAGGGGACUCUGGGUCCAAAAGCCAAGGGGACACUUAUCUAAAGGUGGACCCAGAGUUGGUGGUUACAGUGCUGGGGGACCUGGAGCAGCUGCUCUUCAGUCAGAUGCUGGACCCUGAGUCGCAGAGGAAGCGAACUGUGCAAAACGUCCUUGACCUGCGCCAGAAUCUGGAAGACACUAUGUCUAGUCUCCGAGGAUCCCAAAUUAGCCACAGUUGUGUGGACAGCAGUAACAUUGGCUAUGACAGUGAUGAGACCAAUGCUCGCAGUUUAUCCAGCUUGUCCAACCGCUCCUCGCCUCUGUCCUGGCGCCAUGGUCAGUCCAGCCCUCGCCUUCAGGCCGGGGACGCUCCCUCUUCCGCAGGAGUGGGGUACCAGGGUAGUAAGGGCAACUCUCAGUAUACCGCUCACACCAUGCCCGCCCGCUGCACUGGCCGCCUCAACAGCACAUCACGCAUCGAGCUCAUAGAGGGCCUGGAUAUGGACGAUCCCGACCUCAAGUCUGGUUACCUUAGUGACAGUGACCUUCUGGGGAAGAGCCUGCCUGACGAUGAUGAUGACAACCUGGCUAAUGGGUGGGAUGAGAGCAGCUCCAUCAGCAGUGGCCUCAGUGAUGGCGACGGUGAUGGAUCGGAGAAUAUCAGUUCAGAAGAGUUCAAUGCCGGCUCGUCCCUCAACUCCCUCCCAAGUACACCCGUAGGAUCCAGACGAAGCUCUUCUGCCAUGCUCCGCACUGAUGCAGAGAAGCGCUUCCUGGUGGAGAGUGGACUUUCGUGGUACAGUGAGGACAGCAAAUCCAGCCAUAAACACGAUAGGGCCAGCUUUGACACAGGGAGCCUCAAGUCGGAAGCACCAAGCAAGUGGAGAAAGAAACCCCCAAGUUUAAGUGAAGACUUUGGCAAAGGAGAAGCAAAGAAGCCCCAUAGUUCAGUACAGCCGAGCAGCUUUAGAAAGGGCAAAAAUCCCCCUGUAGGAGUCACUUCUCCCAUCACCCACACCUCCCAGAGCAUGCUCAAAGUGGCAGCUCCUAAAAUUGAUAAGCCACAGGACAAAUCUCGGAUUUCUGUCAAAACUGCUGGUCUACAGCGAUCUCGGUCAGAUGCUGGCAAGGAUCACCAUGGAGAAUACCGCAAACCUCCUUCAGGUCUAGUUAAACCCGUGGCUGGAGCCUCGUUUGGUUACAAAAAACCCACAGCCACUGGUACUGCCACUGUUAUGACAGCAGGUGGUGCCACCAUCUCAACUGGCUCUUCCACUCUGGGGAAGCCCCCCAAGUCAUCUGGCAUCCCAGUGAAGCCAGUAGGAGCACCAACAGGUCGCAAAAACAGUUUUGAUGCUAGCAGUGAGCAGGGCUUUCUGGGGCCUAAUGCCCGGAACAGUAUUCAGUAUCGCAGCUUGCCGCGUCCAGCCAAGUCAAGUACCCUCAGUGUCAUCGGGCGUCCUGCAUCUCGGCCUCCCAGUGGUAUUGUUGACCCCAGUCUGUUGAAUCUUAAACCCGUGUCCAUUAGCACUGCAGGGCCCAAGGUUAAAGAACCCAGCAGCUGCAGUGGUAAAAUAACUAAUCGUACAAUGUCAGGCCCAGUAAACCAGACAGACCGAGAGAAGGAGAAAGAGAGGGCCAAAGCCAAGGCUGUGAGUGCCGAUAUGGACUGUGGUUCUCUGAAAGGAGAGGACAUGUUGUCACAAAACACAGAGGAACCUGCUCUGAAACUGCAUGGCCUCAGGCGCACCAGCAGCAGCAAAUACCCUGAGCUCUCAUCACCUACAACACCAAGGAUGAAAUCACUUGGCCGUCCUCCCAGUCUGGCUCACCUGGACAAGGUAAACUCCAACAGCCUUGACUCAUGUGUGACCAUCCAGGACCUGCCUCCCAAAGUACCCCCGUACUCUAAGCUGCAGGACUUUGCAGGUUCUCACUGCAGCGGCCGCCUCACUCCCAGCCCAGCGCCCGUGCUCCAUUUGGACUCCUCCAACACCUAUGAGACCCACACAGGAUCUCCACUGCUAUACCCCAAGCUGUCAGGCAUGCACCGUAGCCUGGAGUCCUUGCCUCUCCAGAUGAGUGUGCCUGCCAGUGCGCGGUUUGGCACCUCAGACAUGCAUGAAAAAGAACAACGAGGCACAGGCACCUGGGGAUCAGCCACCAGGACACCCACGCAAGAGAGCUUGCAAACAGACAGAAAUACAUUUCCGAAGAAAGGCUUAGAACGCUGCAGUUCAAGUCUGUCAGAGAGUGAAGGAAGCAAAUCAGGCAGGCGCCACUCUCACACAAUAAUGAGUAUGACAGAGAGCCAUAGUCCUCCUCAGCUGCCCUCUCCCACCCGCCCCCUCCACUCAACCACAACCAAGGCUCUGCUCACUAAUGUGGUUGCCCCCAUUUCCAGUGGCACCCCGAGGAUAUCUCGCUCCAACAGCAUAGGCCCCCCAAGUGACUCUAGCGAUCUGUACGGAUCUUCCCCCCUGGGUAGCAGUAUGUCCCUGGCUGACCGACCAAAAAGCAUGAUGCGUUCAGGGUCUUUCCGUGAACCAGGGGAGGAUGUGCAUGGCUCUGUAUUAUCUUUGGCCUCCAAUGCUUCAUCCAACUAUUCCUCAAAUGAGGAGAGGAUACAGGGGGAGCAAAUUCGCAUGUUAAGAAGAGAGCUUGAGUGUUCCCAGGAGAAGGUUGCAAACCUCACUAUGCAGCUUUCUGCAAAUGCUAAUCUAGUAGCUGCUUUUGAGCAGAGUCUGGCGCUGAUGACGGCCCGUCUACAAACUCUGUCAGUGUCCUCGGACCAGAAGGACUUUGAGCUCACAGAACUUAAGGACACCAUUGAUAUUCUGAAGGCGAAAAACACAGAGGCCCAAGAAAUUAUUCAGGGGGCACUCAGUAGUCCUGACAUUACCCCAAAAGAAAUGCCAAUUAACCGUCAAAACUCUUCAGAAAGCCUCUCCAGCCUUGCCAGCACUACCAGUCAUUCCAGUAUGGGUAGUUUCAAGGAGCAGGAGGCCAAAAAGAAGAAAAAGAAAGGAUGGUUACGCAGCUCCUUCAAUAAAGCAUUCAGUAAGAAAGGGUCCAAGCAGUCAGGACCUUACGCUGACAUUGAGGAGAUUGCCACCCCAGAAUCCUCCGCACCUUCCUCUCCCAAAGUUCGUCAUGAAGCCGAAAACCCUGCACCAUCAAUGAAAUCUUCAGCUUCUGCCUCAUCAUCUGGACUGUGUGAAGGGGGAGAGGGGGUGGAGGAGAAAGUAGUAUCAGAGUUACGCUCAGAGCUGUGGGAAAAAGAGCGCAAACUAACAGACAUCCGCCUGGAGGCACUGAGCUCCGCACAUCAGCUGGAGCAGCUGCAGGAGGCCAUGACUAAUAUGCAGAGGACAGUGGAGAAGUUGAAGUCUGAGAAUGACCAAUUAAAGACAGGUGGUCUCUCUCCAUGCCCAUCUCCUGGACCCUCCAGUUCUCCGUCCCAGUCCUCAGGCCUUACUACUCUGGGAAACUCCUCUCCACGACAGUCUGUAGCCAUGCACAUGCCCAAAAGCUACAGCAGGGGGCUGAAUGAGGGCAGCUCUGAUGUCUUCACAUCAGACUGUCUCGGCCAUUCCUCCCAAAGAGAUGAUUAUCGCGUUAGGGUAGUGGUUUCUGUGGCAAAUUUACAUGUUUUUAAAGAUGAUGUGAAACAGCAAGAGUUUUUCAUUGGCACUGUGAGGUUAAAUGGUAGGAUGGACUGGACCAUGUUGGAUUCAGCUGUCAGCCAAGCUUUCAAGGUGUACAUCACAAAGGUGGACCCAUCUUCCAGUUUAGGGCUGUCCACUGACUCCAUCUACAGUUAUAGCAUAGGCCAUAUCAAGAGGGUACUGGGUGGAGAAGCUCCAGAGACUCAGCCAUCUCGCUGCAUGUCCAGAGGGCCAACCAGUAUCACAGUGGCUCUGAAAGGUUUGAAAGAGAAAUGUGUGGACAGCUUGGUCUUUGAAACCCUCAUUCCUAAACCAAUGAUGCAACACUACAUCAGUCUUAUUCUCAAACAUCGUCGGCUCAUUCUGGCCGGGCCCAGCGGUACAGGUAAAACGUACCUGGCCUCUCGAUUAGCCGAGUACUUGGUUGACCGCAGCGCCCGGGAGGUCACAGAUGGCAUAGUUGUAACUUUUAACAUGCAUCGUCAGUCGUGCAAGGAUCUACAGCUUUAUCUUUCAAAUCUGGCAAAUGAGAUUGAUCGGGAAACCGGCACAUCAGAAAUACCCCUGGUGCUGAUUCUGGAUGACAUUCAUGACACAGCCUCUCUCAGUGAACUUGUAAAUGGUGCUCUUACCUGUAAAUACCACAAAUGUCCCUACAUCAUUGGAACAAGCAAUCAGCCUGUCAAAAUGACCGCAAACCAUGGCCUGCAUCUGAGUUUCAGGAUGGUCACUUUCUCCAACAAUGUGGAGCCAGCCAAUGGCUUCUUGGUCCGCUAUCUGCACAGAAAAAUGAUGGAGUCAGAGGAUGAGAGGAAUUUGACCAAUGAAGACUUGAUACGUGUUUUGGACUGGUUGCCCAAACUGUGGUAUCACCUGCACACAUUCCUGGAAAAACACAGCACAUCUGACUUUCUCAUAGGUCCAUGCUUUUUUCUGUCCUGCCCUGUCACGGUGGAGGAGUUCCGCUCAUGGUUCAUUGACCUCUGGAAUCAUUCCAUUAUCCCAUACCUACAAGAAGGGGCCAAGGAUGGCUUUAAGGUCCAUGGGCAAAAGGCCGUUUGGGAGGAUCCAGUGGAGUGGGUAAGAGGGACUCUACCUUGGCCUUCAGCCCAGCAAGACCAGGCAAAGCUAUUCCACUUACCCCCGCCUAACAUCAGCUCGAGCAGCCCAGGACAAACCUGUGAGGAGAGGCCCCACAAGGAAACUCCACCCAGCUCCAUGGAAUCUGAUCCACUGAUGGCAAUGCUUUUAAAACUUCAAGAAGCUGCCAAUUACAUUGAAUCCCCUGAUAAAGAAGACCUGCACUUGCCUAAACUUUAAAAAAAACAAAAACAAUGCUAAUAUUUAGCCCUGGAAUAAGCUUUUAAUUAUUUGUGGGGUUCAGUGUAAAUGUCUUUAUUUAUGGAUACACACUUUAAGAUUGACUGUUCCCAGGUGUCCCAUUUCACAUACCAUUAUUUCACAGUAUAGUAUUUAUAAUAUAAAAAUAUAGAAAAGUAGCGUAUUUUUGACACAUUUGCCUCAGUUCCCUUAGACUGGUGCUUAUCGAUCACAAUGAAAGUGUUUCACUCAGCACUUAGAUUCAAAUCACUCAGGUGAUUUGUGCUGUAGCGCAUACAGUACUAAACAGACCAUCCUGUGGUGCACAACAGAAUAUUGGUUUCUUUCCUUUUCAAUGGUUACUAAUAAUUAGUGACUUAUUUUUGUAGAGGAGCAUGACAGCAUGUACAAUGCAUUUAAAAUGCUAAGUUACAUAUGCAAUUCAUAAUACAAGACAAGCAGGUGAUGAACUAACACAAUGCCUUAUAAACAAAGAUGUGUCUCUUCAGCUUCAGCAGACUAUUCUGGUGCUUUCUCCGAGUCAUCACUUCUAAGCUGAUUAACAAUGACUCAACAUCUCUUAACUUCCGCAGUUGUAAAGACCUUGUUUAUUCAAGCUGUCAUACUCUUUUACAUAAAGCAUCUUAAUUUAAACCUCCACUGCCCAAUUAAGCACUGGAGUUAGUCUUCUGUGUUUUACACGGUAAUGUUUUGUUUGCUCUAUUGUAACUAUCAGGUAAUUGGUUAUAUUAGUAUUAAAUAUCAAAGAUCUCACUCACUGAAACUACAGUGUGAUUAAAUCACUUUUUUUUUUUUUUUUAAGUGUUAGAACACAAAAAAGAAUGGUCUGGACUAAGUUGAAGACGUUAAAAUCUUACAUCCAUGUCAGAGCAUUCACAGAUCUAUAUAUAACUGAAAAACAUUCCUACUUGUCCUUAUACUGUAAUUAUUAAACAGUAUAUUCCAUCUCCCCUUAAUACAAAAUCCCCAAAAUUUAAAAUAUAUAAAGUUUACUUAUACUGUAUGUACAAACAUGUUUUAUUACCCAUAACGUUAUACCAAAUACUAGAGUUUUCUUUUUCUAUGAAUGUAUCAGCAUUUUACUCAAUAUCAGACAUUAUUGUAGGUGCUUUUCAAAGUAGCCUUAUCACAAGCCACACUUAACGAACUCAGAGCAAAUUUAAAACUACCUAAUCUCAAGUCAGUCAUCCACUCACAUUCAGUGAAGUUAGCCAUUUUAAUUUAUGUCACACAAUACCAACAUUUCGCUAGCAUUCAUAUGGUGCUUUUAAUGUCUCAAUUGUGUCAGCAUCAACAAAUUUAAUUUAACUAAAAAAAACAACUUACAAAAUAGAUCUGGGAUCUUUUGGGAUGUGUUGUAAACAUUCUCAAAUACAUAAUGUAGAGCCAGUGAAGUCCUGUGAGUGAUCCUAUGGUGGUAGAUCCAUACUAAAUACUGAUGCAUUUAUAUUAAAUAAUGUUUGGGAAGAAAGCACAGAUGCAAAGGAAAUAAAGACGUGAAGUAAAGACAGAAAUAAGUGACAAAUUGUAAGUGGUCAGCAGUGCCCUCCAUCAUGAGGCUUAAGUGCUUUUCCUUUGUACAUACAUUCUGUAAAUGAAUGUCACACAAACUUUUUAUAGUUUGACAAAAAGUGUGUGUUUAUGCUUAUGCUUAUGCUAUUGCACUGUGCUUAAACUGACCAAUAACCAUUGAGUCAGUUUGUAGAUGUACCAAGGUGUGACUGACGAUUUGGUCAGUGCCAAACCAGCCACAUUAGGUAUUGUUUUCUUAAAUGUAAAUGAAAGAAGAAAAAAAAAAAGUGUAACUUGCAACCUGGUCUGCCAAUUUCCCAACUUAAGUUAUCAGCUCAUCUAAUUUACUGGUUGUUGUGCCUGUUGUUCUGUAUAAACUGUGAUUUGUGUUGGCUUACUAGCAUAACAAGGACUAAAUAGCAACUUUUAAUGGUACCCGCAACCAACAACAAACAAGUAAACAAGUAAACAAGGCACGUUUCAACUGGUGUAUCUAACCACAUUGCAUCCUAGGUGAAUAUUGUUGGAAGCCUUAUAAAACAAAAUAUUGCUUGUCAGUGCAUUGAAGACAGGGUUAAAAGUAUGUUUUGCCCAAAAAGCAACACAAACCUAGGGUACAAAAUGAACAGGCCAAUACAGGUUGCUGUAUAGUCACAUUUUUUUCAAAGCUUGUUGUAGGCUCAAAUGUUAUGCAGUAUCUUAUUCCACUGACUUACAGAUGUUAAGGGUUUUUAAAUGUUGUAAAUGCAUGUAAACUCGCUAUGUGAUGAGAUACAUUAUGUACUGUGGAGGAAGAUCAUACUAGAAAAUGUUUUCCUUUGUAAUACUCAAAUGUUUGAUAUUUGUUUUUUUUUCUAAAGACUUCUUUCUAAAAUGUCAUGUUAUUUUGUACAGGGCAUUAUUGUAAAGACUGUAAAUAUGUCAUCAUUGGAUGGAUAUCUACAAUCAUAGUGAAGAAAAGAGCAGUAGGCCUAUAUGUAAGAGAUUAGUCCAUUGCAGGGAUAAGUCAUGCUUUUAAGGUAUCAUCCAUCUAUCACUGUUUGCUGGAAUCAAUAAAAUACACAUUAUAUUUA